AUGAAGGGAGCGCUUCCCUCUCAAUUUGCAACUGUCCAUUCCGCACUGAGUAGUCGCGUACACAACAAGUUUGUAUCGGAUCUUGAAGAGGAAGCGGACUACGCACGUGGAAUCAACGUGCUACCAGCCCUCAUCCAGCAGAGGAGGAAGAUGUCGCUGCUGAAGGCGUCGACGGUGAACUUUGAGAACGAAUGGAGAGAGAUGCAACCGCCUCUGGCGUCGUUGGUCACUGGAACGCCACAGACGCUGACGAAUGAGAAGUGGCUUAAGAUGUACUCUGGCAUCUACAAGAUCUGCACGAAUCCAGGAGCUCCACAAGCGGAGAUGCUCUUCUUCCGAUUGCGAGGGCUGCUGGUGAAGCACGUGGAGGCGAUCUUGAAGGAGCUAAACGCGAUCGACGGCGAGCCUGAGUUCCUGAGCCAUUACUGCACCUCGUUCGAGGCGUUUACCACGGGAACAAGCUACAUUUCUGAGCUUUUCCGCUAUCUGAACCGCUAUUGGAUCUCGUAUUCCCAUUGCGAAACGGGUCAAGCUCCUGUUCCUGGCGUGUAUCCAGUCACAGAACUUUCACUCCACAUUUGGCAUGACAUUGCGUUUUCAAAGCUCAAGAAGCGUCUGGUCAAGGCAAUUAUUCACAUAUUUCAUGCAGCACGGCGCAAAAGAAGUGAGUGCUUUGAAGACGGAGACUGCAUUGCCAGUACAGUUCAGACGUACUUCAGUCUAGGACUCUGCAGACAGGAUCAAAUGAGUCUCUAUCGAGAAGAGCUUGAGCAGCCUUUUCUUGAGGAUGCUGCCAGGUUUUACUCAGCGAAGGCGAUUGCGUUGCUGUCCAGAGUGACAAUCUCGGAAUACUUACGAGAGGCCGAGCUUUUGUGUGCUCAAGAACAGAAGCGCUGUGAAUCCCGGUUGCAUCGGACCACUGUCAUUCAAGUUCGACAAGCUUGCUGUCGUGUGUUGGUGGAUGAACAUGCUGAUCGCAUCUGCGAGGACGCCGAGAAUUUCUUGAUCAACAACCAGAAAGAGGAUUUACAUCGAAUGUUCUCGCUGUUCUCUGAGCUCGCCAAUGAAAAUGCGCUGAUAUCUUUCAAGAAUAUUUUGAAGAAGUACAUUGAGCGAAGCGGAAUGGAAGUCGUCCAAAAAUUUCAACAAGAAGAGACCACUAAGAACCCAGAGGGAUACAUUGAAGCCUUGGUGCAAGUCCGCAACAAGUACUUCGAGCUGAUAAAGGACGCGUUCGGGUUUCACCCGUUAAUGCGAACAGCACUUGAUCAGGCAUGCCGGGCGUUUGCCAACUCCCACCCGCGACUUCCCGAAUUGCUAGCAAAAUAUACACACUACUUAAUGUCGCGUGACAAGAAACAGGGGUGUAGUCGUGCGCUACUCCUACCCGGGUCCCCACGAUCGGUACUACCUCCUCUUCUGGACGAUUUACUGGAGCAGAAAAUCGAGAAUAUCAGCGUGGUAUUCUGCCUCAUCGACGACAAAGACAUAUUCAAGAAGUACUACUCAAAGUUUCUGGCGAAACGUCUCAUCAAAGGAACGUCUGCGUCGGACGACAUGGAAAUAUUGCUCAUUCAGAAACUGCGGGACAUUUGCGGGUGUGAUUUCGUAUCAAAACUUCAAAAGAUGAUGAAGGACAAAAUGUUGAGCAAGGAAUUGAUGGAUUCGUUCACGGCGUGGCUCGAAGAGAAAGAUAUCGAUCUGCGGUCUGCGGAUGCUGCCAACGCACCUGCCAUCGAACUUCAUCACUCUGUAACGUACCACUGCGACGUUCUCACAGCAGGAGCAUGGCCAAUAUCGAGUGCUGCCGCAGAGCACAAGAUCUUUUUGCCGCCUGCCAUGGAAGCCCACACAAACCUGUUCACACAGUUCUACACUGGACGGAGCACCGGGCGAAAGCUUCUGUGGAUCCACCACCUUUCGUUCGGAAUGAUCCAGAGUCACUGUUUCGACAAACGCUAUGAGUUCUUACUCAGCUUCUAUCAAAUGCUGAUCCUCGUGCAGUUCAACACGGCGAAGGAGGAGAUGAAACGAUCAGACAUUGUUCAGCUAACGAAUAUUCCGGAGCAAGAUUGCGCUCAUCACUUGGCAAGCCUCGUCAAGGCAAAGAUACUGACCUCACGCGGUGAUGGUACGAAUCCAACCUUUGGCAUUAACUUUGGGUUCUCCAGUCGGAAGCUUCGUGUAUCGGUUCGUCAUCUGCUGUGAUACGGUCUGUUAUGAUGCACGCACUUACGUUGUUUUUCAUGAAUAGGCUGUACCAAACAGCCCAGUUGAAUCCCCGAAGGCAGCCAAGGCCCCAACUCGAGAGGUGGAAGAAGAUCGCAAGAUGUCAUUGCAAGCCGCGAUCGUGCGCGUACUCAAGACGCGUCGAGACAUUCGCCAGGCACAGCUGAUGCACGAGGUGGCGGAGAUGCUUGUCAACCAGUUCGUACCCUCCACUACAGCCAUCAAGCAGAACGUGGAGAUCCUCAUCCAGAAAGAGUAUCUCCGUCGUCACGAGGAGGACAAGACGAGAUUUUUAUACGUGGCUUGAGGUGUAGAGGGAAAGUAUGCUUCUAAAAAAGUUCAUUCUGCCGUAGGUAUUAAACGCCUUUUACAAAAUGCAUGUCUUACCGUUCUAGCGCACACGCAGCGUACAGUUUC